AAGGGGAAAGGGAGGGAGAGGGGAGCAAGGGGAUAGAGACAGGCAGAGAGGUAGCAGCAGAUGGAUUGCUGCACAGCCCGCAACAUACUUACCGAGGACAGACUGUAUGUGUGACAGCGCGUGUGUGCAUGUACGCUGUCACAGAGGAGCACGGUUGUGAAUGAGUAUUUCAUGUUGUGUGGAAGUGGAUGCAAGGAGCAGUAAUUCUCUUGAAGGGGUGGGGGGAACGAGGGAUACAGACAAGUGAAGAGUCAACACUUUCGCUCUUCACACUCGGACUACUUUCAGGGCAGGUGCAACACCAACAAACCACUUUAGUAAGCCAAUCACCAAUGAAUGUGACAGAAGAGUCUCCGUAAAUGCUACAGACUGAGGCGGGACAUAUUCUGUGUUUGCUUGUGUUUUUUAAACAUUUUUCUUUGUUUUUUCGCCUGAGCGGAGGACAGUGUCUUUACCAAAGGUAGAGUAGUCUGGAUAGCUUUGGGAGUGCAGACAGAGGGAUCCUCUAUGGUGAAAAUGAGUCUGGAGCCUGUGCAGGUGAUGAGCGGACAGGUCGCCGAGCUCAAAGUUGCCCCUUCGUCCAACGGCGACAGCGCAGGAUCAUGGGAGGGGAAAAGAGAGUUUGACAAAGACCACCUGGGCCUCACUGCCAAGCCAAAGCCAGUGACAGGGAGACGAGCCCGGAAGGUGGAGGGAGCCGUGUUCUUCCCGAAGCCAGAGAACGCAGUGACCGUAGCUGUUUCCUCUCGGGUCCUGUUCCGGACUGAGCGGGAGCAAAAGGUGUUUGAGCAGCAAGGUGUGGAGGAAUAUCUGAGAUACCAAAUUGAACAUGAGAACGAACCCUUUGCUCCUGGGCCUGCUUUCCCCUUUGUCAAGGCUCUGGAGACGGUUAACGCUCGUCUGCGAGAGCUGUACCCCCAAAGUGAAGAACUGUUCGACAUCGUUUUAGUAACAUAUAACCAUGCCCACGUUGGAAUCCGGCUCAUCAACACCAUCAACCACCACAACUUGUUCAUUGAGAGGUUUUGUAUGACGGGGGGAAGCAGUCCUAUUGGCUACCUGAAGGCCUGGCAAACCAACCUCUACUUGUCUGCUGAUGCCAACAAGGUUAGGGAGGCGCUGACUGAAGGCAUCGCAGCAGCCACAAUGUUCAUGCCGGAGAAGAUGACAGAGGUAUCCGAGUCCCAGCUAAGAGUGGCAUUUGAUGGCGAUGCUGUCCUCUUCUCAGAUGAGUCAGAACGCAUCUUCAAGGCCCAUGGGCUGGACAAAUUCUUUGAACAUGAGAAGGAAAAUGAGGACAGGCUACUGGACCAUGGUCCCCUGAAGGGCUUCCUAGAGGCACUGGGGAAGCUCCAGAAAAAAUUUUACGCUAAAGGCCAGCGUCUGGACUGCCCUAUCCGCACCUACCUGGUCACAGCUCGUAGUGCAGCAAGUUCUGGGAUUCGGGCUCUCAAGACACUUCGGGCCUGGGGGCUGGAGAUCGAUGAGGCCUUGUUCCUUGCAGGAGCACCAAAGGGCCCUAUGCUUGAGAAGAUAAGGCCACACAUCUACUUCGAUGAUCAAAUGUUUCACAUAGAGGGAGCGGCAGAGAUGGGUACCAUCGCUGCACAUGUUCCCUAUGGCAUUGCACAGAAACAUAACUCCAAGCACAACACCAGCGCAGGGAAGUAGACAAAAGGACUUUGGAUGUUGGUGACCUGGUAGAGGGAGGGGAUAUUAUCUUAGGACAAAAACAAAAAGUUGUUAACUUAAACUCCCGGAGAGCAGCCAUUUGGCUUUUCUACCUUUAAAACCCGGAGAGCAGCCAAAUGGCUGGUAGGCUUUUAGCUAAG